AGAUUCCCCCCAAACCUCCAGACCCUCCCAGACCCCCAGACCAAAGGCAGCUGGAGUCAGUUUGUUUGGAGAUAAACUGUCGACGUCCAGCUGCAUCCUGAAUGUAUUUGUUCACCUUCUUAAUGUUACUUUGCGUCUCAUUGGAUGAUUCCAGUAGAGAGCACAUCAGACAAUUAAGGAUAGAAAUAGAAAUUCUUGAUUUGCAUGAUGUAAAAUCCACCAAAAAACACAAAGAAGAAGAAGAAUCGUGAUGUAAAAAGUAAACAUGGCGACACUUGUGGACACUCGUUUGUCACUGUGCAGCAGCAACGAGUUAACUGACUUUUAACUUCAGUGACCCCUGACCUCUGACCCCUGACCUCUGACCCUGUCACAUCCCCACACUGCCCUGCCGUUCACGUGUGUAUCCAGACACGUGCAGGUUACGUGCUGCACACAAACACGUAGCUGUCUGUCUGGUGGAAAAGCUGAUCGAUCAGUAAAGCUGAUGCCAGUGUGUAUUUCCAGCAGCUGUACAGAAGCAAACAUCUGUCCACAAGAAAAAAAAAACACGUCUCGCUCACACGGCGUCCCAGGUGACCACCUGUGAGGCCGCAGGCUGCUUCUGUCUGUACCGGACGUGUCACCGUCCGGUCGCUGCUCCGCCUCCAGCGUUUCUCUCCUGAACAGAAAGGAAAGUUGCAGCUGGUUUCUCCUGACGGACCUGAUGAUGUCACGUCUCACUGAGGCAGAUGUUCCUCCAUGAUUCUUCUGCUUCAACAGAUUCACACUGUCGACUAGUGUGUCAUGGAGGUGUCGGCUCACAGCCUCUUCCUGCUGCAGCAGCUCAACGUUCAGAGGGAGUUCGGCUUCCUGUGCGACUGCACCGUCGCCAUCGGCAACGUGUACUUUAAAGCCCACCGAGCCGUUCUGGCCGCCUUCUCCAACUACUUCAAGAUGAUCUUCAUCCAUCAGUCCAGUGAGUGUAUAAAGAUUCAGCCUACAGACAUCCAGCCGGACGUCUUCAGCUACUUGUUACACAUCAUGUACACCGGUUUGUGUCCGAAGCAGCCGGUGGAUCAGAGUCGUCUGCAGGAAGGCAUCAAGUUCCUUCACGCCUACCAGCUGUGUCGAAAACCCGGUGAGGGCGCCGCCGACGCCGCCACCGACGUGGUCCGCAUGUCCAACCUGUACGGCAUCCAGAUCUCCUCCCAGCUGGCCAACAAGGACGCGGCCGGAGUCCCCAAAACCACCACGGUGGCCCGCGGGGCCCUGGAGGACGGGCACCGGGGGGGGCGGUCUCACUCGCAGCUGUCCCUCGCCGUCGGCCUGGAGGGCGUCCCGUCGGACCGUCAGGCCUCGGCGCUACGCAACGUCUGCUCCGUGGCGUCCGGAGACGACUCGGACAUCUCGACGCGCAUCAAGCAGGAGCGGGUGGAGGACGAGGAGGCGGAGGACGGCGAGGGGGACGAGGGUCAGGGGGCGGGGUCUCCGUCUCCGGCUCAGGGCAGCAGUCCCAGUCAGAGUCUGCUGUUCAAAGAGCGAGCGCUGGUCCUGCUCUGUCCCCGCUGUGGCGAGCGCUGCUCGUCACCGGAGGGUCUGCGGGAGCACCUGUUCAGCCACGCCCUCGACCCCGCCCGCCUCAUGGGGGGGCUGUCGCAGGGCGGCGAGCUGGACACCGGCGGGGAGGAGGGGCCGCCGGGUGGACAGGAGCAGCUGGACGCAGGAUGUCUGGAGGAGGCGCUGCGGCAGAGCCAGGCACUCGCCAACCAGCUGGCCGCCGAGCUGAGGAGGAGCCGGGGGGGAGGAGGAGGAGGAGGAGGGGGAGGGGGGGGGAGUAGCCCCGCCCCCGCCGUCCUGCACUCACGCAAACGUAAGAUCGCCUGCGCCGUCUGCAGCCUGCGCUUCUCCCACAAGAGCCAGCUGCAGGAGCACAUGUACACCCACACGGGCAAACCGUCCCGCUACCACCGCUACAACCGCCUCUGUAGCCAGCUCUUCCAGGCCUCCGCCCACUUCUGCGAGGGCGCCGCAGAGCCCGGCGGAGGGGGCGGGGCCUCGGCCGGCGCCGCCGCUCUGUCGGAGGAAGCCAACAGGGACACGCAGGACAACGGCAGCUCCUGCUACUCGCUGGACUCUGAGAUCUCCCAGGAGAGCGUGGACGGCGUGCCAGUCGAGUGACGUCAUCAGACGAGAGUUUGUGUUGUCGUGUUUUACGUCCUCGGCCGCCGUACCUGUGCGGGUGUGUUUGAUCGUUGUGAGUCGGACUGUUCACUUCCUGCUGAUCAUCUUCAAACUGUCAGAUCCACUUCAUUCUGUCUUUAUGGAACUCGACCUGCAGAAUUGUGAGAAUCCUGAUCUUCCGCACCAGCGAACACCUGAAACACCCGAAACACCUGAAACACCUGAAACACCUGAAACACCUGAAACACCUGAGAACAAGAGGAUUCACUGAAAUGUUCCCUUCGUGUGAAACUGCCGUCAGCGUGAUGUAGAGAAUCAGAGCUGCUGGUCCUGUGUGUGUGUGUGUGUGCGUGUUGAGGAAGCAGCGGUGCCUUGGUGUGGUCAUGUGAUCGUGUGAUCAUGUGAUCAUACGAUGGUUUGAUUGUGUCGUUGAGCUUCGUCUCCCGUUAAAGACAAUCUGAGCUGGAAAACCAGCUUCAUUUCUCUGCUGUUUGUCAGUCUGAAGACGUUUUCUUCUUCUUCUUCUUCUUCUUCUUCUUCUUCUUCUUCUUCUUCUCUGAUCUCAUCAGUUUGUUUGUUGUUCCUUUAAAGGAUCAAACCGCUGUUUUUCAUUAAAUAUCAUCUUUCAUACACAGAAAGCAGCUUAAUGUUCUUCAGUGAGCGAACAAACAGAAGAAUAAAGAGCAGACAAUAAAUAACAGAAAGGAAUAAAAUAAUAAGGAGAGUCUGCUGCUGGGUGUGUAUCUCUAGAGACACACUGAUACACACACACACACACACACACACAUGUUUAAUUAGCCAAUCACAGUCAGUUUCUGCCAAAAUCAGCCAUCAAACAGCCUCAUAGCUCAGAAACCAGACGUCAGCGAUGAGACUGAUGGAUGAAAUGUGUUCAUAUGAUUUAAAAUAAGUUAGCUGAGACAGUUUGAGGAGCUUUUUCUGCGCUUUCAGGUGAUUUAUUCACAAGAAAAUGAGUCCUGUUAUAACGGAAGAAACGAGGAGAAGACAAGUUUGUCAACAUUUUGAUGUAUAAACUGGUUAUAGAGAUCAAAUCUGAAACUGUCCAAAAAUGUUUUAAAAUGUAAAGUGUGAUUCAUAAAAAGCAGAGCGGUUAUUAAAAGUGUCUUCAGACCGACAGAGUUCUGAGUCUAGUAACAGACGACAGUUUGAUUUAUAUUUGUGAACAUCUGUUUGUUCAGACAGAUGCUGACGUGUGUUUAAUCAGACUGGAGGUUCAGUUUCCUUCCUGCUUCAACGUCAUCAAACACAGUUUCUGAUCAUUAUUAACUCUUCAUUUCUAUAAAGACACAAAGUGAAAAUAAAUUGUUUUAAUAGAAUUUUUAAGUGUUUGAAACUUUACUUAAAAAAAAGGUUUUAUUAUU